AACAGUGACUAUCGUGGAUUCUGUGAUUGAUUAUGUAGCCAUAUUGCCUUGCAUUCUUCCCCCCUCUCAUCUAUUUAUCGGUAAUCGAGUGUGUUUGAGUUCCACAAAAAAUGGCGGACCGAACGCCUGGAGGCUCUCAUAAAGCUAGCGCUAAGGCGCUACUGGAGAGCAAAUUGAAGUCGUUCAGCAUAGGAAAAAUGUCAGUGACAAAGAGGACCCUCAGCAAGAAAGAGCAAGAUGAGAUCAAGAAGAAGGAAGACGAGCGUGCAGCAGCAGAAAUCUACGAGGAGUUUCUUGCUGCUUUUGAAGGUGGCGGGGAGGGAAAAAUCAAAGCUUUUGUCCGUGGUGGAAUUGCAAAUGCCACAAAAGAGGAAGCGGCAGCAGAUGAGAAGAGAGGAAAGCUGUACAAGCCCAAGUCCCGCUUUGAGGCCCAAAGCAAAAGCAUUUUGCCCUUGCAAAGUCCCCCUCAGUUCCUAGCGGUGGACAAGCGACAUCCUGUGAAGAAAGGGACGGAAAAGGAAAAGAAGAAGAGCAACUUGGAGCUGUUCAAAGAGGAGCUGAAACAGAUCCAGGAGGAGAGGGAUGAGAGGCACAAGCUGAAGGGGAGAGUUAGUCGUUUUGAACCCCUUGGUGGCGCAGAGGGAAGACGUUCGUCGGAUGGUUCUUCACGAAGAAACCGUCCGUCCAGUGUUCUGGAUGACUGUGCACCCGGCUCGCAUGAUGUCGGCGACCCGUCCACCACUAACUUGUACCUAGGAAACAUUAAUCCGCAGAUGAACGAGGAGAUGCUGUGUCAAGAGUUUGGACGCUAUGGACCGCUGGCCAGCGUGAAGAUCAUGUGGCCCCGGACAGACGAGGAGAGGGCACGGGAGAGGAACUGUGGCUUUGUGGCCUUCAUGAACAGGAGGGAUGCGGAGAGAGCCCUGAAAAAUCUGAAUGGAAAGAUGAUCAUGAACUUUGAGAUGAAGCUAGGAUGGGGCAAAGGUGUUCCUAUUCCACCACACCCCAUCUACAUCCCUCCUUCCAUGAUGGAGCACACCCUCCCACCGCCUCCCUCAGGCCUCCCCUUCAACGCACAGCCCCGCGAGAGGCUAAAGAAUCCCAAUGCCCCCCUGCUCCCCCUCCCCAAAAACAAGGAGGACUUCGAGAAGACUCUGUCGCAAGCCAUAGUCAAAGUGGUUAUCCCAACAGAAAGGAAUUUGCUCUCUCUCAUCCACCGAAUGAUCGAGUUUGUGGUGCGUGAAGGCCCAAUGUUUGAAGCCAUGAUCAUGAACCGAGAGAUCAACAACCCCAUGUACAGGUUUCUGUUUGAGAACCAGAGUCCAGCACAUGUUUACUACCGCUGGAAGCUCUACUCCAUCCUGCAGGGUGAAGCGCCAGUCAAAUGGCGAACAGACGACUUUCGAAUGUUCAAGAAUGGAUCCCUGUGGCGCCCGCCUCCUCUCAAUCCGUAUCUGCAUGGGCCGUAUGACGACGGUGAUGAUGAUGAGGAGGAAGACGACGAGUCCCUCAAGAAAGGCUGCUUGAAAGAAGACGAGCGGGACAAGCUGGAGGAGAUGCUGCGUGCUUUGAGCCCCAGGAGGGGCGACGUGGCGGAGGCCAUGUUGUUUUGUCUCAGUCACGCUGAAGCUGCUGAAGAGAUCGUGGAAUGUGUGGCAGAAUCUCUGUCCAUCCUCAAGACUCCUCUGCCCAAGAAGAUCGCUCGCCUGUAUCUGGUGUCCGACGUGCUCUACAACUCCUCUGCCAAAGUGGCCAACGCGUCCUACUACAGGAAAUACUUCGAGAACAAGCUCUGUCAGAUCUUCUCCGACCUCAACGCCACCUACAAAACCAUCCAAGGUCACCUUCAGAGCGAGAACUUUAAGCAACGCGUGAUGGCGUGCUUCCGAGCGUGGGAGGAGUGGGCCGUGUAUCCCGACCCUUUCCUCAUCAAGCUACAGAACAUCUUCCUGGGUCUCGUCAACUUGGCCGCCGACAAGGAGUCUGUUCCGGCGCCGGUCGAGGCGGAGCCAACAGAGGACAUCGACGGAGCGCCCAUAGGUGACUACGUGGACGGGUCUCCACUGGAAGAUGUGGACGGGGUCCCCAUCGACGGGGGUGCCAUUGACGGCGCCCCAAUCGACGGGGCGCCCUUGGACGACCUGGAUGGCGUUCCCAUCAAGCCGACGGAGGAGGACAUCGAUGGCAUUCCCUUCGACCAGUCCAAGGAGGCCACGUUUAAGGUGGCGCCCUCCAAGUGGGAAGCUGUGGAUGAGUCCGAGCUGGCAUCUCAAGCUGUGACCACCUCCAAGUGGGAAGCCUUUGAGCAGCCUGAAGAAAGGAAAAAGUACGUGGACAACAGCGACGACGAGAGGAGCCCCCGCUCGGUGGACACGCCCGGUUAUUCGGUCAGGGACGACAUGGACUUGAAGAUGAACGAAGAGAAGCGGACCAAGCUACGGGAGAUCGAGGUUAAGGUGAUGAAGUUCCAGGAUGAGCUGGAGUCAGGGAAGAGGCCCAAGAAGACCGGCCAGAGCAUUCAGGAGCAAGUGGAACAUUACAGAGACAAACUACUGCAGAAGGAGAAGGAGAAGGAGAAGCUGGAGCGGGAGAAAGAGCGGGAGAAGAAGGACAAGGAGAAAGUCGAGGCUCGCCUAAAAGACUUGAAGAAGGAGAAGGAAGACACGCCAACCAGAAAAGACAAAUAUGUGUCUCCUGCGCUUGACAGGAAGCGCCGUCACAGCGGCUCCCCCAGCCCGACACGCAGCAGCCGACGAGGACGCUCGUCGUCUCCUCGCUCGGAGAGGUCUGAGCGCUCGUACUCUAAAGACACGUCGACACGUUCGUCCCACAAAGACUCUCCUCGCUCCGCCAGCAAAAAGUCCUCAAAGAGGUCUCCGUCAUCACCUCGCACACCCAAACGGUCCAGGCGGUCAUGCUCCAGGACGCCCAAGAAGUCGGCAAAGAAGUCUCGCUCCAAGUCCAGAUCCCCGCACAGAUCCCACAAAAAGUCCAAGAAGAGCAAACACUGACGCUGAGGAAGACGGUGAAGGCGGCGUCCUUGCUGUUUUAUAUUGUACAAAAUGUCUCGUGUCCUCGUGGCCCACCACCGUGUGAAGACGAUAGUCUGCUGUUCUUUUGUAGUCUUCAUCAAUUAUUCCUAAUAAAACGUUCAUUUCUAAUGGG